GUAGCGGAAGCUUCAGCUUCUUAUCACGUAUCUUCAUGUGCAUUAGUGCCUGUGUGUUCGCCAUGUGUUUUUAGAUAACCUUAAAUUCAAAGAAAAACAUGAACCCUGGACCCUCAGGAGAAAUAACAUCUGUAUAACCAUCAGCCUGAAGAUGGAGCCAUCAGCAUCAGCAACAUGCAAAAGGAAAGCCAUGGACCUCACAGCACAUAACAGGGCAAAGAGAUUGAAAACUGAUCCGGCUGGUGAGGAGUUGCUGGAGUGUCGGAGUUCCCCUCGCUCACUGAGGAUCUCUGUGCUGCCCGACCACCUUCAACAACCAAUUACAGUGAAUGAGCUGACGGAGCUGCUGCAUUAUGCCGCUCUGGGGAAAACAGGUGGCAUUAAACAGCCCAGUUGGUGUCGUCUCCGCCGUCAGAAGAGGAUUGAAGCUAUAAACGUGGUGAUUGUUGAGGGCCUGACACAGAGACACUUUUACAAACACUACCUGGAUCUGAAACACCUGAGGAAGAAGUACACCACUAGGGUCACAUUUACGCCGACAUCAGAACACCUGGCCUCAGAAAUCUUCAGCAGAAAAAUCCCUGAGGGUGUGACCAUUUCUAAAACCAACAAUGAAUACAGUGGAUUGCACAAAGCACUGAGGAGUCACCCAGUAAUCACCAAAUUUGGGACUCAGAGGAAAGGACUGACGGCGUAUGUACUCUCACAGGAACAGAUGAUCAAGAGCCACUAUCCUGUUAAAGGGAUGCCGGGCUUUGAGGACUUUGUGUGCACAGACAGUGUUGACUGUGUGACUGACAGCAGCCCUCUGUACGGACUUGACUGUGAAAUGUGUCUAACAGUGAAGGGGUAUGAGCUGACUCGUGUGUCUCUGGUGGAUUUUGAUGGCAACUGUGUGCUGGACGAGCUGGUGAAACCUCAGAACCAAAUCCUCGAAUACCUCACCAAGUUCUCUGGUAUAACCCCAGCAAUGCUGCAACCAAUCAAAACCACUCUGCGGGACGUCCAAGCUAGACUCAGGACGUUGUUGCCGAGUGAUGCGGUUGUGGUGGGCCAUUCACUGAACAACGACCUCAUAGCUCUGAAACUGAUCCACCGACAUGUAAUCGACACCUCUCUGCUGUACAGGGGAGAGUUAGGACGGAGGUUUAAGCUGAAGGUCCUGGCUGAGACCGUCCUGAAGAGGCAAAUUCAAACCGAGGAGAAGACGGGUCAUAACCCUUCUGAGGAUGCGUUAGCAGCCCUGGAGCUGGCUCAGUACUUUAUUAAUACAGGACCUCGACAGGUUGUAGAGGUUCAUCUGGAGGAGCUGUGGGGAUACAGGAUAGAGGAGGAGUCAGCUGACUGCCCUCCUGCUCCUACACCGAGUCUCAGGUUUGGAGACGUACUUCAGACACUCGAGCGGUCCGUAGCCUACAUGGGAAAACGCUCAGACGUCAUACUGGAUCUGUCCAAUCAGAAGUGGCACAACUCUGACGAACAAGUGCUGACCUCUUUCAGGAGCAAAACUCCGUGCCCCUUCCUCUCAGUUCUCAAGUUUUCCUCUUUCUCAGACCAUCUGCAGAGAUGUUCUUCUACGCAGCAGCCCCAGCAUCAUGAGGUGUGUGCAGAUCUCAGAGAGAUGUGUGUGGUGUUUGCUGGCCCGUUUCCUGCAGGCGUCUCUGAGGGGGACGUGAGGCGGCUGUUCUGUUGCUGCGGACCUGUUCGGAAAAUCAAAAUGUUGUGCACAACUUUCAGGGUUCAUGCAGAGGUGGAGUUUGAGCUGCUGGAGGGAGCUAUGCUGGCUGUAAAGACUCUGAAUGGAUUUAUUAUGCAGGGAAAGCCCAUCAAGGUCCAGAGGCCGGUGAAUGAGUCAAUGCUGGACUUGGAUCUGACCCUUGAUGCCCUAAUGGAUGACAGUCUCAACACCAGUCACAUAUUUGCUGUGAAAUUAAAGCCCAGUAUGGUGAAGUGCUUGCCAGCUCCUGCAAAGCUUAAUGGACACACGUUAGAUGCAGAGUGCUCAGGUAGAAGUCCUGCUGAUGUCGUGAACACUUUGCCUCCAGCUAAAGUAAACGGGAAACGGUUGCAGCCCAAAAUCCCAAACUCCAAACUGUGCGAGGAGAAAGUCAGAGAGACGUUCGGUCUCUUUGGUGCGGUGGAGAGUGUUCUCCUGCCUGCCGAACCUGGAAAACACCCAAGACAUGCAUUCAUAAAGUUUCAGAGUUCAGAGGGGAAACACGCAGCCCUCAGCGCCUCCGAGGAUCUUCGGAAGAGAGACUUCCUCAUCUGUCCAUCCCUAACACCACUCCACUUACCUUCAUGGGCCGCUAUGACAACAGCCAGUGUAGAUCUGGACAAGGAGGCAGCAGAGGAGAAAACGACAACCCAAGUGCACAUCACUUCUCAGGACCAGGACAUGGAUCAGAUGAUGAGGAAGUUGGACCGUAGCCUGAAGAAGAUCUUCAAGUCUCUCCCUGACAACACCUUGACAGUGGUUGUGCUGCCCGGACACACCAGUGCUCACGGACAGCUCCCUGGUUUGUGCCUUAUGGAGGUGAAGGAAGCGUCCUGACGAGGACAGUGAGCUGCUCAUCUGUUGAAAAUCUGUGCACUAUCAGAUGUAAUUAUUUCAAUAAAGCCUGAGCUUGUGUCACUUGAAUCAAGUGGAAACCUUUAGAAAAACAAUCAAUCAUGAAAAAUAAAUCUGCAGAUUUAGUCUACCUCAGUUUUUACUGAAAGUGAAGAGACCUAUAUGAUUAUUUUAACUCUUAAACUGCAGGAUUUCUGUGUGAACUUUGGGUUUGUCACUCAUGGGAGUUGGACAGCACAAUAAUUGUGUAACACCUGCUACAACAUAGUUCACAAAUCUUCCAGAUUCAGCUCUACUGUAAGAAAAUAAUGACAGCUCAUGACUGAAGGCUGAGAGUCAUGCACCUUAGUGUUUUUAUAUUUUAACUAUACAUCAUGAUACCUUUGUAAAUAUAGAGAUCAAGUCUUUAAAUCAGGAGCAGUAUUUAUCUUUAAGAAUGUUCGGUGUGGAUUUUGAUACAUUAAAAGUCAUUUGAUGCUAAA